GCUGCCAUGGACCCCCCGGAGAAUUACCGUGGCAUCUCCUUCAUCAGGAAUUAUAGCACCAUGGGCUUAAGUAUUCACAGCACCACGGACACACUGGUGAUGACUUCGUACCUCUUUUUGGUUCUGUUCUUCGGGCUGUGGAUGGGCAUUUCCAUUUAUUCUGCAAAUAUCGGCAGUGGCCACUAUAUGGGCAUGGCUGGGAUAGGUGCGGCUUCAGGAGUUGCUGUUGGGGCCCUUGAGUGGAAUACUAUCUUUAUGGUCUUUGUUCUUGGUUGGAUAUUUGUUCCUAUCUAUAGCAAGGCUGAGGUGGUGACGUUGCCGGAGUAUUUGAGGAAGAGGUUUGGCAGCCUCCGGAUCCAGCUGUGCUUCUCUUUCUCCUUCUUACUGGUUUACAUCUUCAUCAGGAUCUCAAUGGAGAUCGGUUUUGGUGCCAUGUUCUUGAAGAUGGUCUGGGACACAGAUAUUUACCAGACAAUGCUGGUUGUGCUCACCAUUACUGCCAUUUAUACCAUUACAGGUGGCCUGACAGCUGUGGCUUAUGUUGAGACCUUACAAGCUGGUAUUAUGAUUCUGGGCUCAGUCUUGUUAAUGUGUUAUGCUUUUCGUGAAGUUGGAGGAUAUCGGGGGCUGGUGAAAAAGUACUUCCAAGCCAUCCCAAGUAGGACCCAAGAGGGAAAUUGGACUGCCAAGCCACAGUGUUACAUGCCUCGUCAGGAUGCUUUCCAUAUCUUCCGAAGUGGUAUCUCUGGAGACAUCCCCUGGCCUGGACUCAUCUUAGGCGCCACUACUGUCUCUUUAUUCUACGGGUGUGCUGAUCAGAUUUCUGUUCAGAGGUUCCUGGCAGCAAAGAGCAGGCUUCAUAUGAAAGGUGGCUGUCUCUUGUAUGGGUACCUGAAGUUGCUGCCCAUGUUCUUCAUGGUAAUGCCAGGGAUGAUCAGCCGCAUCUUGUUCUCAGAUCAAGUGGCAUGUGUUGUACCUUCAGAAUGUCAGAAGUUCUGUGGCAGACAAACCGGUUGUAGUUCCCUGGCUUAUCCAGCGCUGGCAAUAGGAGUGAUGCCUUCUGGCCUAAAAGGCUUCAUGCUGUCCACAGUCUGUGCCUCCAUCAUGUCCUCACUCACCUCCAUCUUCAACAGUUCCAGUGCCCUGUUCACUCUGAACAUUUACACCUGGAUUCGGCCCACAGCCACUGAAAAGGAGCUCAUGGUAGCUGGAAGGUUUUUUGUUAUAAUCUUACUUGCUGUCACCAUUGUCUGGAUCCCUACUAUAGAAAUAGCAUCCAGUGAGACACUGUUUGAGUACAUGCAGGUUCUUAAGAGCUGCCUGACACCAAGCAUGACUGCUGUCUUUCUGCUGGCUGUAUUCUGCAAGAGAGUCAAUGAGCAGGGUGCCUUCUGGGGGUUGAUUUUGGGAACUUCAGUUGGUGUCUUUCGACUGUUGGCUGAGUUUUCCUAUGGACACCCGACCUGUGAGGAACGCAGCAAGUGUCCCAUGUUCAUCUGCGGCCUUCAUUACCUCUAUUUUGGUUUUUUCAUUUUCCUCAUUACUCUCCUUACCAUACUGGCCAUCUCCUUAGCCACAAAACCAAUUUCGGAUAAACAUCUCCAUGGUCUCUGCUGGAGUUUACGGAACAGCCGACAGAGGAGGGUGGCUUUGGAGAAACAGUUGAGGUGGAAGAUCUUCCCAAACUCCACAUCCCAGCAAGGUAUGUUUGGGGAGGCCCAAAACUGCUUCUGGAAGUCCUGGGACUUGUUCUGUGGUCUCGACAAACAGCCAAGCUCCAAGAUAGGCCCUGAGAAAGCCACUGGGGAGAAGAUAAAGGCAUCCUGGGAGCAGAUGGGGUCCAGUGACACAUCAGCAGGCUUAGAGGCUCUGGCCAGGAAAAUAGCAACCAGAGAGGAAGAGGAACACAAAGAGAAGAUGAGAGACUGGAGUGACAUGCCGGAGAGCCCCUUCUGGAAGAGAGCUGUGAAUGUUAGCGGGAUCCUUUUGUUUGCGCUUCUGAUUCUUGUUCAUGUCUACUAUGCUUGAUGUCAGGGGUUGUGGCCUCCCCCAGACCACCUCAUCAUGAAGAGACCCAACAGCAUAGGGCCAAAGACCACACCAACGAAAGCACCCUCUCAGUGUGCGCAUCAAGCACUGACUGCCAGUGAGAACAUCUGUUCUUCUCACGUGAGUCAUUUUCUCUAAGUGACUGCACUGCAAAAACACUAGAUUUCCUUUCAAAUUUAAUGCUGGCUU